AACAGACCAUUGAGCAGGAGGAGAGUCAGAACAAGUCUUCAGCUGACCUGAGGAUACGCAAGACACAGCACUCCACUCUGUCCCGUAAGUUUGUGGAGGUGAUGUCAGAGUACAACGCCACCCAGUCAGACUACAGGGAGCGCUGCAAGGGCCGUAUCCAGAGACAGCUGGAGAUCACUGGGAGGAAUACAACAAACGAGGAGCUGGAGAGCAUGUUAGAGAGCGACAACCCAGCGAUCUUCACCUCAGGGAUCGUCAUGGACUCCAACAUCACCCAGCAGGCGAUGAACGAGAUCGAGACUCGUCACACUGAGAUCAUCAAGCUGGAGAACAGCAUCCGUGAGCUACAUGACAUGUUCAUGGACAUGGCCAUGCUGGUGGAGAGCCAGGGGGAGAUGAUAGACCGUAUAGAGUACAAUGUGGAGCAUUCAGUGGACUAUGUGGAGAGGGCCGUGUCAGACACUAAGAAGGCUGUUAAAUACCAGAGUAAAGCCCGGCGGAAGAAAAUUCUGAUCAUUAUUUGCUGUGUAAUUCUGGGAAUCGUCAUUGCUUCUACAAUUGGAGGAUACUUAGGUAUAGCCUGAGACACACACCGAAGGUCAUGUCAGGAGCCACACACACACACACACAUACAGGUCUACAAGUGG